UCCUGGGCAGCAGAGCGCAGCAGGAGAAAGAAAAAGAUCACGUGGUUACUGAGUUUUUGAGUCAUUUCCAGGAAGGGAAACUCCCAGUAGCUGAAAACUGAGAAAACGAAACUUAACUCUGGUCUUCAGAGCGAAGGAGCCAUGGCUGCUGCUGGGGAUCCCGUCCAGCGUCUCCACGAUGAAGCCACUUGCUCCAUCUGCCUGGAAUAUUUUAAGGAUCCAGUGAUCAUCGCAGAGUGUGGGCACAACUUCUGCCGAUCCUGCCUGAUCCAGUGCUGGGGGAAAUCGGAGGCAGAGGCUUCCUGCCCUCAGUGCAGAAAAAGAGUCCAGAGAAGGAGCCUCAUCCCCAACCGGCAACUGGCUAAUGUGGCAGAAAUAGCCCAGAAUCUCAGCCUUCAAGAGGGAAAGGAGGAAGGAGGGAAAGGAGGAGUCUGUGAGAAGCACCAGAAGCCCCUGAAGCUCUUCUGCAAAGUCCAUGAAGCCCCCAUCUGCCUGGUGUGUCACAGAUCCAAGGCGCACAAACACCACGAGAUGAUUCCUCUGAAGGAGGCUUUCCAGGAGUACAAGGAAGAGAUCUGCCACCGCUUGGAGAUUCUGAGGAAAGAGAGAGAGGAAAUUCUGGCCCAUCAAGCAGCCCUGGACAAGGAAAGCAAAGACCUCCUGAAAUUAACAGAAACGGAGAGGCUGAAGACUGUGGAGAAGUUCAGGGAACUGCGACAGUUCCUGAAGAACAAGAGAAACGUCUAUGGGCCCAAAAUGGAUGUCAGAAGGACCUUGCAGAGGAAGGGAAACUCCCAGUGCCUGAAAACAGAGAAAACGAAACUUAACGCGGGACUUUUGCCUGAGGGAGCCAUGGCUGCUGCAGGGGGUCACAUGCAGCAUCUCCGAGAUGAAGCCACUUGCUCCAUCUGCCUGGAAUAUUUUAAGGAUCCAGUGAUCAUCCCAGAGUGUGGGCACAACUUCUGCCGAUCCUGCUUGAUCCAGUGCUGGGGGGAAUCGGAGGCAGAGGCUUCCUGCCCUCAGUGCAGAGAAACAGUCCAGAGAAGGAGCCUCAUCCCCAACCGGCAAUUGGCUAACUUGGUAGAAUUAAUUGAGAAUCUCAGAGAUGAAGGAGGGAAAGAAGAAGAAAGAAAAGGAGGAGUCUGUGAGGAUCACCAGGAGCCCCUGAAGCUCUUCUGCAAAGUCCAUGAAGUCCCCAUCUGCCUGGUGUGUGACAGAUCAAAGGAACAUGAAAAUCACAAGGUGAUUCCUCUGAAGGAGGCUUUCCAGGAAUACAAGGAAGAGAUCUGCCACCACCUGGAGAUUCUGAGGAAAGAGAGAGAGGAAAUUCUGGCCUAUCAAGCAGCCCUGGACAAGGAAAGCAAAGACCUCCUUAAAUUAACAGAAACGGAGAGGAUGAAGAUUGUGGAAAAGUUCAGAGAACUGCGCCAGUUCCUGGAAGAACAAGAAAAACGUCUGCUGACUCACGUGGCAGAGGUGGAGAAGGAGAUUGCAGGGAGAAGGGAUGAGGAGCUGGCCAGACUCUCCAGGAAACUCUCCUCUCUUGAGAGGAUCAUCCAGGAGAUGGAAGAAAAGGGUCAGCAGCCAGCGAGUGAACUCCUGCAGGAUGUGAGAAGGACCUUGCAGAGGCAUGAGAAAAGAGAGAGUCCAGAGAAGCCACUGGCUUUCCCUCCAGAGCUGAGGAACAGGAUCUUGGAAUCCUGUGAACUAAAUCACCUUGUGGAGAAUACAAUGAAACAAUGGAAAGAUGCUCUGCUAUUCAGUGAACAAAUUCAGAAAGCAAAUGUCACUCUGGAUCCAGACACAGCCCAUCCCAAACUCAUCCUGUCCGAGGAUGGGAAAAGCGUGAGAUUGGGAGACAAACCUCAAGCCCUGCCUGACAAUCCUGAGAGAUUCAGUGACCAGCCUUGUGUGUUGGGACGUGAGGGAUUCACAGCAGGCAGACAUUUCUGGGAAGUCACUGUGGGAAGUGGGGGAAAGUGGGUUGUGGGAGUUGCCAGGAAGUCUGUGGAGAGAAAGGGCUGCUUCCCCUUAAGCCCUGAGUGGGGGAUCUGGGCUGUGGGGAAGAGGGGAGGGGGGUACUGGGCCUGCACCCCCCCUGAUCCCUCUCCUCUGUCCCUGAGGGAGAAGCCCAGGAGGAUCCGGGUGACUCUGGACUAUGAAGGGGGACGUGUGUCUUUUUCUGACGCUGACUCAGGAGCCGAACUCUACACGUUCUCAGGAGCCUCGUUCUCUGGAGAGACCCUCCUCCCUUUCUUUGAUCUGGGAGGAUAUGAAACCCACCUCAGUAUCUCCUGAGGAGACUAAAUCUGCCUCUCCGGCCCAGCAGGAGUUUCUCUCCAGACCAGAGUGACUGACAUAAAAACCAUUUACCCGCCAAGAGCAGGUUGGGCAGUUUUCCAAGGGCCCUUUGAGAGGAUUCAUUCCAGUCAAAAUCAGCAGAAAUAACAAAACAAAAAUGAGUUGUUCUUGCUUUGCGUUUUCCUUCCUUUUCCCAGAAUUCCCUCUGGAGCUCACUUCUUAGAGAGACAGUCACACUUUUAGGAGUCCUAAUAAAUUUUAUCACCUUCAA